AUUUCACAUGAUAUUUCUGCACCCCCAAAGAGAUCAUCUCAACGAACAGGCCACCACCCAGCCACCCACCCACCCAAGCGUCGCGUCGCGUCUCAUCUUGUUGCGCCUCCGCCUCCCAGUGACACACUUAAGUUGCGUGCGAGGCUUUAAAAACCCAGAAUUCAGUCGCUACGCAUCCAGUGCCAUAGAAAUAAUUCCGCAGCAAAGUGCCCAGUGCUCGCAGUUGCCGUGGAAGCCUCAAAUACACACAGAGCAGGAUUAGCAGUGGUCCCAUCUACACUCUCACUAUCACUCUCGUUAUAUCCUGCUCCUCCUCCUCCUCCUCCUCUUCCUCAUAUCCAUGGCCAAUCAGAUGCACAAGAGUGGUGCCCUAGUCCUGGUCCUCAAUCUGUUGCUGCUGACACAGUCGCAGACGGAGGCCAAGCUGCUGACACGCUGCCAGCUGGCCAAAGAGCUGCUGCGCCACGACUUUCCCAGGAGCUAUUUGUCCAACUGGGUCUGCCUGGUGGAGUCGGAGAGCGGACGCAGCACGUCCAAGUCCAUGCAGCUGCCCAACCAGAGCGUCAGCUAUGGACUCUUUCAGAUCAACAGCAAAAACUGGUGUCGCAAAGGUCGUCGCGGUGGCAUCUGCAACAUCAAAUGCGAAGAGUUCCUGAACGAUGAGAUCUCAGAUGAUUCACGCUGCGCCAUGCAGAUCUUCAAUCGCCACGGCUUCCAGGCUUGGCCCGGUUGGAUGAGCAAAUGUCGUGGGCGCACGUUGCCCGACGUCUCCCGCUGCUAAGACGGGGCUCCAGACCUGCCCACAAUUUCCCCGACUUGCUCUGUAGCCUUAAACGUACUCUACUAUUAAUCUAGCUACUAAUUAAUAUACAGCUUAAGCCAUGAU